GUAGAUAUGUACAUCACUCAAAUAACUUUAGCUUAUGAGUUUAGGAGAUAAUAGAUUAGGUAAGCCUGUCACUAAGGAUAUGCAUACAUAUGAUGAUAAUUGUGAAUUUGAAUGGAUAAAUAUUGUUGACAAUCUAGAUCAUUACUAUUGGAGUCAUGUAAUCAAUUGGCUAUUGGCUACAUUUCUUGUUAGAGACUUUUGGUUUCUUAACUUUUGGUCUGUUUUAGAUGAAAUUAUUGAAUUAUCUUGGUAACACAAACUUCCACAUUUUAGAGAAUGUUGGUGGGAUCAUGUAUUAUUGGAUGUAUUAUUAAGUAAUACUGUUGCUAUUAUUAUUGGAAUGAUCAUAAUUAAGAAAUUCAAAUUUUAAUAAUACAGUUGGUUUGCUAAAGAUACCUUUACAAAUCCAAAGAAAUUUGAAGCUGUUCUUAUUGUAAUCAUUGUAAUCAUAGGCAACUUUUUAAAUAAUUUCUUCUUGAUGAAUUAAUUAUGGGUUCCUCCAAAAUGUUGGAUGGUUGUAUAUAGACUUUUAAUAUGGUUUAUGUUAGGUCAUUCAGCAUUCAGAGAAUUACAUAAUUCAAUUACUGAUUAAAACUAAUCAUAUCAAUUAAGAUAUCUUACAUAUUUCACGAUUGCAAUAGAAACAUUAAUAUCUAUUAAAUUUUUACCUGAUUGUGGAAAUUUAUAAAAUGAAGAUACUCCAAUAUAUAUAUGGUUACCAUGGCUUGUAGUUGGUUUAGUAUCUUUACUUUGGUGGAUUAAAUUGCAAUUAAAAUAAUCAAAGCAAUAAAUAUAGCCAUAAUCACAAGAAACAAUAUAAAAAUAAGAUAAGAGUAGAAAAGGAAAAAAGAAAGAUUGA